CUGCGAGUAGUUUACGCAUGUGAAAGUCCAAGUGUUCAAGCUCGUUAUUAUACCUCAACUGAUUCUCUUCUCUCCUCAAAAACGGUCAUCAUCGUCGAGGGUCGGGCGACUUGCAAAAAUGACGAGGUAUUAACUUGGAUUACUAACCGAAAUCUGGAAACUGAUGAGUUUCAAGUUACCUUCUCCGAUGACCAUAAGAAGUUACCCAAGGGUUACUAUUCAGUUCGCUUUUUCGAUGAUAUCGGCUACUUAAACUUACGUCAACCGCUUGGUGGUGUCAAGCCUGUUUUUACAGUCGAUGUUUAUCAUCCUGGCAUAUGGUUUAGUCCUUUGAUCCACUCGGAAACUGUUGCUCUCCUUGCUGCCGCUCUUACUGGUUUUGUUCAUGCAUUUUAA